CGGUAUCAAGAACGUGUAUAUACCUAUCACCUUUAGGAAAGUGAGUUUGGCAACAUUUUUGGAUAAAGUGACGGACAUGGGUGCUUUGGCUGUUGUAACUGGAAAAUGGUAUGGAGAAGCCAAAAUAAAUCAGGCAACGUUGGCAUUAACUAUUGCAGUAACACUUCGAUUAAGCUAA